AUGGCCGAGAAGCGGCGCGGCUCCCCGGGCGGCGCGCUCAGCCUGCGGGCGCACGCCUUCUCCGUGGAGGCGCUCAUCGGCGCCGAGCGGCAGCAGCUCCACCAGAAGCGGCGCAAGGUGGGCGCGGAGGAGACGGCCGGAGCAGCGGACGACGGAGGCUGCAGCCGGGGCUGCGCGGGCGAAAACGGCUGCUCCGAGGGGGACGACUGUGCGGCGCCCCAGCAGGCCGGCUGUGCGGACCCGGAGCGAGAGGCUGCGGGCGGCGGUGAGGACGGCUUCCUUCAGGGUGCUUCCCCGCUGGUGUCCCCGGCAGGCUCCCCAAAGGGGUCCCCGGCGCCCUCGCUGGCCCCACCCGGAACCCCUCUGCCCUCGCCCCAGGCCCCGCGCGUGGACCUGCAGGGAGCCGAGCUCUGGAAGCGCUUUCAUGAGAUCGGUACGGAGAUGAUCAUCACCAAGGCGGGCAGGCGCAUGUUUCCAGCCAUGAGAGUGAAGAUCUCUGGGCUAGACCCCCACCAGCAGUAUUACAUCGCCAUGGACAUCGUGCCUGUGGACAACAAAAGAUACAGGUACGUGUACCACAGCUCCAAGUGGAUGGUGGCGGGGAACGCAGACUCGCCGGUGCCGCCGCGCGUGUACAUCCACCCGGACUCGCCUGCCUCGGGGGAGACCUGGAUGAGACAAGUGAUCAGCUUCGACAAGCUGAAGCUCACCAACAACGAGCUGGACGACCAGGGCCACAUCAUUCUCCACUCCAUGCACAAGUACCAGCCUCGAGUGCACGUAGCCCGCAAGGACUGCGGGGACGACCUUUCUCCUGUCAAGCCCGUUCCAUCUGGGGAGGGCGUGAAGGCAUUCUCGUUUCCAGAAACCGUCUUCACAACUGUCACUGCCUAUCAGAACCAGCAGAUUACUCGCUUGAAGAUAGACAGGAAUCCGUUUGCCAAAGGCUUCCGCGACUCUGGGCGUAACAGAAUGGGUUUGGAAGCACUGGUGGAAUCAUAUGCGUUCUGGCGACCUUCACUACGGACACUCACCUUUGAAGAUAUCCCUGGAAUUCCCAAGCAAGGCAACUCGGGUUCCUCCGCCCUACUGCAGAGUUCUGGAAGUGGCGUGCCCGCCACCCACCCUCACCUGCUGUCCGGCUCCUCCUGCUCCUCCCCAGCCUUCCAUCUGGGGCCCAGCACGGGCCAGAUGUGCAGCCUGGCCCCGGCCGACUACCCAGCCUGCGCCCGCCCGGGCCUCGCACUCAACCGCUAUGGCUCGUCGCUGGCCGAGACCUACAGCCGGCUGUCCAGCCAGGCUGGGGACGCCUUUGCCCCGCCCAGGACUCCUUCCUACGUGGGCGUGGGCAGCAGCUCAUCGGUGAAUGUGGCUGUGGGGGGCACCGACGGGGACAGCUUUAGCUGCCCACAGACCAGCUUGUCCAUGCAGAUUUCGGGGAUGUCCCCCCAGCUCCAGUACAUCAUGCCCUCGCCCCCCAGCAACGCCUUUGCCGGCAGCCAGACCCCCCAGGGCUCCUACAGCACGUUCCGGCUGCACAGCCCCUGUGCCCUGUACGGCUACAACUUCCCCACCUCCCCCAAGCUGGCCGCCAGCCCUGAGAAGGUGGUCUCGUCCCAAGGGAGCUUUCUGGGGUCCUCACCGAGCGGGACCACGACCGACAGGCACAUGUUGGCCCCAGUGGAGGGAGUGCACCUGCUGGGCGGGGGUGGCCAGCAGAGCUUCUUCGACUCAAGGACCCUGGGAAGCUUAACUCUGUCGUCGUCCCAGGUGUCGGCGCACAUGGUCUGA